AGUGAGCUUCAUAGUGUGGGACUUACAGGUGAAAUGUGGUGCUUAGCACAGUUAGUGUCUUUUAAGCAUUUUUCACAGAAAUUUGGUUGGAGAUGGACUGAAGGCUGUUCGUGAAGAUUACCCCCCGAAAUCAAGACCAUCUCGUCGGACUAUCUUCUUUGUGUCAGCGACGUGCGAAACGAAAAGGAUUUGCCGUUUCCAUUUUCCUUCUUCUUCUCGAGGCAUUGGAAUCCACGGAAGUACAGUCGAAAACUGUGGGAAUUUUCUGGCCAUUUACUUAAAAGCACACCAGGUGUUUGAUUAAAUGCCUACCUGAAAAAAAAAAAUCUUCGCUUUGGACCAGCGAUGAUGAGGCUAUACGACGGCUUUGUGGAGCUUCUAAAGAUUCAGAAGCUCCGAAGAAUUGUGUCGUAUACCGGAUUCUACUUCUUCGCGGCGGGCUUGAGCUACGCCUAUACAAACAAUACAACUAGAGCUGGGUAUUCUCGAGGCGAUCAAUUCUAUGCGUCCUACCCAGCUGGAACGGAGCUUUUGGUGGACACUACAAAGUUGUACAAAGCUGCGCUUGGGAAUUGCUUUGAAACGGAAGAAUGGGGCUCAAUUGAGUUCUCCAUCAUGGCUAAACACUUCAACCGUCAGGGAAAUUCAGCAUAUGAAUACCAUUCUCAAUACAUGGCACACAUUCUCUCUAUGGGACAACUUGAUGGAAGUGGGUAGAAGGGGAUGAUCAUUAGGCUAUCGGAUGAAUCCGACAGUGAGAAAUAUUAACCUCAAUCCAACUUAUUUGAUACCAAUCAAGUUAAUGUUUUUACUCCAGCUUUCAUGUAAUUAUGGAGAGAUAAUUGUUUCUCUUCAUCUUCCAUGUUUUCUCAACUGUCAUGUCUAUGUUUAAAGUAUAAAGAUCUAUGUUCUAUUCUUAUUGUCGA